AUGGCCGAGACGCAGAUGCAUAUCACUUCUAGCUCGGAAAUAAGGGCACUAGGCAAGAUCCGGAUUGAUCCUUCCGUCGUAGCAUUGCUACCGCGUGCUAAGAAACCUAUCGAGUCGGUCGGAGUCAAGUCCAUGGCUGUUGAAGAGCAAGUGAGCAGCGCGUCAGACGCCCUUAUCAGCGGGAAGACGCGAAGCACGUUCGACUAG